GUGCGUUCGCCAUUUUGAAUUUCGCGAUAGGUUUCAGUAAAUUCUGCCCUUAGAGGUUUGAAAAUGUCUUCUACACCACUUAUUGUUCUUAGUACGUAUGAAUAUUUUCUUUCCUCUUAGCCCUUAAAUAUCGCACACCAGUUAUAUAAGGUUGGAUGUAUUUUUUAUUCUCUUCUCCAGAUCAGAACACAAGACGGGAGUCUGGUCGUAAAGUUCAACUUGGAAAUGUAGAAGCUGCUAAGGUAGGGCAGCUCAAACUUUGUUAUUUGAAUACUCAGGUUUCGUAACAUCAACUUUGCUUGAUACGAGGCAUCUGUGUCGUGUUUGUUUGUCCAUUAAGCUAAAACUACUACCGAAGGUUAUUAGUAAACGAUGUGCGGUAAUCGUGUCAGUUAAGGUGCUGUUCCGAACUUCCCAGGUAAGAAAAACUUCUUGGGGCGGAAAAGUAUGCAGGCAACAGAGUUCAUUUCCACAGUUACAUCCAUCUUCUGCAUGGAACGAUCACAACUGAAACACCUCUUCUAGAUCCCUAAGAUUGAGAUCACUUGAGCCGAUACGAUCGUGUAAUUUAAGUUAUUAUUGACCAUAAAACGCUAGACUUGUGGGUGAAUGCUCUAGGAUAAGAUCGACUUCAGCUUGUUAGGUAGAGAAUUCUGCAUAGUUUGAAGUUGAGUUCACUGCCAAGCAUGGACCAUUCAUUAUUUAUGCCAAUGGGCUGGACUGGUGAGAAUAAGGAGUAAGUGGGUUAUCAUGAAAUAUGAAGGCUCAUUGUGUAAGCCCACACCCAUUGUUAUCUCGUAGACCCAUCACCAAUACCUUGAAUCCUUUUCCUGAUUGCUUCUAGUAUCAGAUAUGCUCCUUUUCCAUUUAACAACUUUUUUUCUUAUAGACUAUAGCAGACAUCAUUCGAACAUGUUUGGGACCCAAGGCAAUGUUAAAGGUAUAUCAAAUGACACAAAUUAUUUUUCAGUAUUUCUUUCUAAUAGAGCUUCAGAUAUUGCUUGGUAUUACUUCUUGUUGAGGAUGUUGUUACACAUGUGUCACAAUAUUUGGCUAACUGCAUAGCUUAAAACAUAGACAGAGAGCUGAGUUAUUAAUGAUGGUAAUAUGAGUGAGUGGAGUCCAAUUCUGUCUGUAAUCAUAUGAGUGAUUAACAAAAUCAGAAGACUGCAAAGCAGGAGUCCAAUUUGUUAAUCACAAGUAUGAUUAAAAACAGAAUUGGACUACAGAAAGUCCUGUUACCAAUUAAUCAAAACAAUAACCAAAUUUGAGAAACGAUUAGGAGCCUGUUAUAAGUUUUCUUUAAAAAACAACAGCUCAGCAAAAUGUGCAACAACAGCACACACUUAUGACCCAUAUUGUCCACUUACACAAGUGUAAUGCAUCAACUUUCCUUAUUACUCAGUCCAAUUACAAGUAUGAGGCGUCCACUGUCCUAUAAGUGGUCAAAUUAGGCUGCUGACUACCAGUCACAUUCAAGAACAUUGUUAUAUUUUUUGAUUAUUAAUAUUGUUUUAUGAUUGUUAUUAUAAUUACAAUGUAUCUACAAGAGCAUUUCACAAAUUCAAUUGACAUUAGUUAACUUAAAAGCAGCUCAAAGACUAGGGGACUACUACUGUGUGCUUGUCACAUCUGUUAACAGCCACAUCCAAAAAUACCUUUAGACAAAUUGUAUCUGUAUUCAUUGCCAUACCUUUAAUUUGCUUGUGUGCCAUUGUGUUCCACAACCAAGGAGGUGAUAAUGUAAAAGUGCCAGUCUACAGGCAUAAAAUUUACAAAACAGUUAUUGAUUAAAAAUGGUAAUAGGAAUGAAUGGAAUUCAGUUCGGUCUGUAACUAUACAAGUGAUAAACAAAAUUGAAUGACCACAGAGCGAGAGUACAAUUUUACAGACAGAAUCUGAUGACACAAAAAUCCUGUUACCAAUUAAUCAAAACUAUUACAAAAUUUUAAAAUAAAACCAGACUUUGGAUAUACAUAUUCAUAAAUUUAAAAAACAAAAGUUAACUCAGCAAAACUCAAGACAACAGUGUGUGCACAUGAUGUGUCCUGUCCACUAAUGCUCCCUCCUCUGUAAAACAAACUUUGAUAUAAUAUAGAUAAUCAAGGUAUUGUAUUUGGAACCUUGCAUGGUUCACAAAUUCAGUGAACAAAACCUUAAUACCUUUUGAUCUUGGUUUGUUCUUUUUAAACUGAUUCAUAACAAAAAGUCAUUUGCAAUGAACUUCAGAAUUGUUUGUUCAAAAAGUGUUAAUAACAACCUUUCUGCUGCUUUUCUGCCACUGCUGCAAUAAGAUCAUGAACAGCAUUUAUGAAAAAUGUUGUAUUAUGAAAGAUGUUCUCUUUGCAAAUGACCAUUGCUGACCAGUCAACUGGUUUAUCUCUUGUCUGUGGCAGGAAGACACCAUCUUGAUGUUAAUUGUCUUCUGUAGCAUCACAGCAAGAACUGAAAAAAAUUUAUCUUCAAUUUUACUUGGCUUAUAAUUUGCUGAUUCAUAACACACAAUGUUCUCUCUUUAAAGACAAGAUUUUCUUUUAAGUUUCAAUGAUGGCCAACCAUACCUGCUUGUUUUGGUUUUUCUGUUAGUAAAAUCUUUGUUUUUUAUGAUACAUCUGGUACAUGUAGAUGCUGUUGUGACUUUUGUACAUGUAGCUUCAUGGCUAGAGCUGAGAAAACCAUUUCUCUGGUUGUAUUUUAAAAAAACAGACCCCUAAUUCAAAGUUUCUGUGAUGAGCUUAUCAGAUUUUGGUGAGCAAACCUUGACAAAAAUUUGUUGGCAAUCAAACUGUGUAAAGUUACUCAUGUAACAGGACCACAAUGAUGAACAAGUAAACAUAACCACAAGAAACUUGAGAUGAUCAACAGACAUCAAGUGCAUCUUAACUACCAGUUUUUACUGCAAAUAUAAUGCCAAUUGAAAUAAACAAUGACCAUUCCACAAUAGAGAAGAGAUUCUGCUAGCUCCUACAUACUACACUAAUUAAGCAGACACAUCCAAUAGCAGAUACGUAUGCUAGUCUGUCAAUACUAGUCUGUAUCUGGUCUUAGACUUGUUCUAUGUAAGUUUAACAGGCAUGUUUUGGUUUUGUUACCUUUGAGCUGCACUGUAUGGUUACAUAAUUUGUGAAAUCAUGCAUGUUACUGUAAAGGAACUAAUGAAAUGAAAGGAUAAAAGUUGAAUAUGAAUUAUUAAUACUUACCAACUGCAGAAUUUGUGCUUUACACUUAAAUUUGCUUGAAGUUGCAGUUUAACUUUGGCUUUUCAAAGGAUAUGCAUAAACUUAUCUAAGAGUUUGUUUUGACAAUUAGAUGUUGAUGGAUCCCAUGGGUGGAAUUGUCAUGACAAAUGAUGGAAAUGCAAUUCUUCGUGAGGUAAGAACCACAUCAUAGUAGAUUAUCUGCCUUUUUAAAUAUGACCUGGUACAGUAUGUUGGCAUCAUAAUAUCCAUGAUCUUCUCUUGGCAAAUGUCUCAACUUUAUUUUUUUUCCUUCUGGUUAUUUUUCAAACUCAAUUGAUUCAGUCCUUCCAGUUCUAGUAUACACUGAUAAUAAAUUUGAAAAUUCUUUACACUAAAUUAAUAACCAAAGUGUGGGAAAGGCUAUCAUAUGAUGGGAAAAGAUUGGGUAUCCAGUCAAGUCGCUGACAGUUCAACUUGCCAAUGCCAACUCACCAACGUAUAAAAUCGAGUAGAAAUGUCGGCGAGUUGGUCUUCAAUCCAGUAUUAAACUUAUCAGUAGUUAAACAUAUAGAAAAGUAAAAGAUCUUUAGGAAAAAUCAAUUUUUUUCUUCCAACAAAGUUUAUAAGGAUCUCAUGGCAAAUAAGCGAGGUAAAUAUCGCUUAUGACCAAGAAAGACAAGAUCUUUGGUAAAAAACAAUUCUUUUUAUUUCCAACAAAGUUUAUAAGGAUGUCAAGUCGAAUAAAGCAAGGUGAACAUUGCUAAUGACCAAAAAAAGCUUUAAACAAGAACGAGUUAUUGUGUGACGGCCACCGUCAUUCUAGAUUCACGCUUCAGUAGCUCACUUUUGAAGGAGUUUACAUUUGGUCCGUCUUAAUACCGGGCUAUGCCAGUGAAUGGCAAACAUUUUCUAAAUGCUUUUACAAUACAAAUACGAUUAGUAUCUAACCAGAAGCUGACCAGAAUCUAAAGAAAGGCUAAUUGGCGAUUGCAGAGUAAGGUGUUUGGAUUUUGGGAGAAAUAUGAGAAUGGUAAAAAAACAGCAGCUCAAUUAUUGAAAUCGAUAUCGAGAUUAAACGGACCUCCAAGAGCAGAAAAAUAGCAUGAUGUACAUAUCAAAAUUUAUCGUAAGUCAAACGUUCUCGAUCAUGGAUAAAUCAUUAUUUAAAGUUAAAAAAACAUGUGGUUCUGCGUGGUUGUUAUGGUUGUCACACAAGAACUUGUUCGCAUCUGAAGCUUUAAUAGUCAUUGGUGAUGUUCACCUUUCUUUAUUCACCUUGACAUCCUUACAAACUUUGUUGGAAAAAAAAAAAAGAAUUAUUUUUUACCAAAGAUCUUGUCUACAAAGCCAAGUCUGACCGAUUGACUUGAUGAGUCUUUACAGUGUUGUUGUCACACAAUAAUAUCUCGUUCGCAUCUAAAACUUUUUUGGUUAUUGGCGAUGUUCACCUUGCUUUAUUCACCUUGAGAUCCUUAUAAACUUUGUUGGAAAUAAAAAUUUUUUUUUUUUACUGAAUAUCUUGUCCAGAUAGCCAAGUUUCUUAAAAAAAAUUUGAUCGAUUGACAUGAUGAGAGCUUUACAAUGAUUUGAGAUUUACAGUGUUGUUGUCACACAAUAAUAUCUCAUUCACAUCUGAAGCUUUCUUAGUCACUGGUGAUGUUUACCUGGCUUUAUUCGCCAUGAGAUCCUUAUAAACUUUGUUGGAAGAAAAAAAUUGCUUUUUUCCCAAAGAUCUUUUACUUUUCUAAGUGUUUAACUUCUAAUAAGUUGUACUGGAUUGAAGACCAACUCACUGACGUUUCUACUCAAUUCUAUAGGUCGGCGAGUUGAACUGUUGGCAACUUGACCAUAAUUCAAAGAUUGUACCAUUUUUUAUCAUAGGUUACACGGCUUUCAAGAUGCAAACAAGUGCACAUACCUUUUAAAACAGAGCUUUUCAUGUUUACAAGCAUUUUAAAUGUACAUUUCACUAACAAGAAAAGCUUAGCAUUGAAAGUGAACAAUGUGAAAUGCUUCAUAACCAGUUAACCAUAUUACCAGUUAACCAAUUUGAUCUACUCUCAAGAUUCAAGUACAGCACCCCGCUGCCAAGUCAAUGAUUGAGAUUAGUAGAACUCAAGAUGAAGAAGUUGGUGAUGGUACCACAUCUGUCAUUAUUUUGGGUAUGUUCCUCUCCAUUUUUUUUCUGCAACUUAUUUUAUAUUUUUUCCUGUUUUAUUAUUAUUAGUAUGAAGCAGAAACUCACUCGUUGGAUCCUUCAAUUACUCUGGUCCCUUGAGUUUGGCAUUAUGCAAUUUUAACUUGUGUGAAAUGCUAAGUUUUUAUAAUAAAUGAAAUUGAACCCAUCAGGUUUAUUGUUUCAAGUAUUUGUAUCCAAAGGCGUAUCUUCAGUUGGUAACAUAGUGUAAAAAAAUAAAAAAUGAAAGAUAAGAAAGACAGAAGGAAAAGGACAUUUGAGUGUAUACUAGGACAAUGCAUGAGGUCAAGUAUGACCUCUGUUUUCCUGGAUAGUUAACAGCUAUUCAUUUCACUGUUGGAGGAAAGUGGUCAUAAAGUGGCAAGGUAAAUAUCCACUUCUAGACACCAACAUUGAGGUAAAUAGUUGUUUCAGUAUGUACUAAAACAGUUAAAUAAUAUCACUCAAAAAUAUGAUUGUAACUCAUUUAUUUCAGUAACUAGUACGAUAUUUUUAGGUACAAAUUCUGCACAAGUUGCUCAGAGAUGAUUAGGAAAGGCUGUUCAGAGUUUAAGUAGCCAAUCAGAGUGUACCUUCAAUAUUAUACACUGUUUUAGUGUAUACCAGUAAAGCAUAUUAUUCUUCCUUCGAAAAAAGUUACCAUGCUUUUUCCAACCAUGCAUUUAUAAGUUUUAGUAAUGUUUACAAGUUUGUAGAGUUUUUUAUCUUCACUUUUUGACUUAAAAAACUCAAGGGAUGUCAAUGUAUAGAAUCCAAUUUUUGAAAUGUUAUAUUUUUUUUUUUAUCAUUUCAUUUCCAUAUAUAUUUCUUUUCUUUUGACCCACUCCAUCACUGGGUAUCCAGUCAACUCGCCAACGGUUCAACUCGCCAACACCAACUCGUCAACGUAUAAAAUCGAGUAGAGACAUUGGCAAGUUGGUCCUCAAUCCAAUACAACUUAUUAGAAGUUAAACAUACAGAAAAGUAAACAGACAAGACAAGAUCUUUAGUAAAAAGCAAUUCUUUUUAUUUGCAACAAAGUUUAUAAGGACCUCAAGAAAGAGUCUAGAAAGCCAAGUUUUCUUUAAAAAAUCUGAGCGAUUGACAUGACGAGUCUUUACGGUGUUGUUGUCACACAAUAACUUGUUCGCGUCUGAAGCAGAUAUAGUCAUUGACGAUGUACACCUUGCUUUAUUCACCUCAACUUUGUUGCAAAUGAAAAUAAUUGCUUUUUUGCAAAUUAAAAAAUCUGACCGAUUUUUUUUGAUAAAGAUCUUGACUAAGAUAUAGUAAUUGCCAAGUUUUCUUUAAAAAAUAAAAUGACUUUUAAUUGACAUGAUGACUCUUUGAUGGUGUUUCCGGUGUUGUUGUCACACAAUAACUCAUCUGAAGCUUUUAUAGUCAUUGCCGAUGUUUAUCUUGUUUUAUUCACCAUGAGAUCUUUAUAAACUUUGUCAUUGGUGAUGUUUUUUUUAAUAAAGAUCUUGACUAGAAAGCUUUUCUUAAAAAAAAUCUUUGACAUGAUGACUCUUUAUGGUGUUGUUGUCACACAUAACUCAUUAAGCAUCUGAUGUCAGGUUCUUUGUUCGCUAAACUUUGUUGUUGGAAGAAAACUUUUUUCUUUUACUAAAGAUCUUUUACUUUUCUAUAUGUUUAACUUCUAAUAAGUUAUACUGGAUUGAAGACCAACUCGCCGACGUUUCUACUCGAUUUUAUACGUCAGUGAGUUGGCAUUGGCGAGUUGAACCAUUGGCAAGUUGACCGUAAUUCCAUCACUGUGAUGGCCCAUACAUUUUUUAAAUGAUCCUUAACUUUUAAAAGGUAAGGCCUUAUUUCUGUUCUCCUUCCAAAUAUCUGAUGUAGUCAGUCUAAAGAGUCUUGUUAUUAGCACAAUCCCAUCAUUAGUGUAAUUAGUGUUGUGGUGGUGACAUUUCAGCUGGCGAAAUGAUGUCAGUCGCUCAGCAGUUUCUUGAGGAUCAGAUGCAUCCCACAGUAAUUAUUGGAGCUUACAGGCAAGCCAUGGAUGACAUGCUUGAGAUUUUGAAAGAUCAAAUCAGCGUUCCAGUUGAUGUUGAAAAUAGGGAGGAAAUGUUGAAGAUUGUUAGAAGCUCUGUGGGAACAAAAUUUGUCCAUCAUUGGUUAGUUUCCAUUUUGUGACUGCAGUUUUAAUAUAUGUCCCUAAAUAUAAUGCUACUACAGAUCAAGCAGUUAUAGAAGUCAUUGUAUGUAUGUAAUCCCCACUUUUUGCGGUAGUUCAAUAUUUUUAUACUGACAUUUAAUCACUAAAGUAGCAGUAAGGAGUUACUUGAGGGUCUUAAGAAGCCUGAUGGCCAGUUGCUGUCAAAGCUUAUCCUAGUCACCUUAGCAUGAGGUUGGGACUGCAUAUGGACACCACAGCUUACCUCCUUCUCUUUCCCUGCAACAUUUUGUCAAGUUUCCUAGAUCUUUCAAUUUCAGCAUAUUAAUCACUUGCCCUUAGUCUCUUACCUGUAGGUGUGUGGAAACCAGCUACAUUGUAUGUUGUCAUUGUACACCUGUGGUAACACCUUGCAAUUUCUGUAAACUUUAAGGGCCCCAUGAGGAGUGACAAUAAGAUUUCCAAAACAAAUUAUUGCUUAAACCACUGAUGCCAAAUUUGGGAAAAAAUGCAUAAUUAUAUGCUUCUCUUUGGUUAUGCAGAUGAAAACCCCAGCUUAGUCCUAAACAGUACAGAAGAAUUUGGACACUUUUAAGUUACAUGUAUAUGCAUCUGUCGCAACACAAAAUAGGGAAAAACAUGUGCAACAUAUACACGCCUUCCUCAUAAACCUGGAGACAAUUUCCAUUUGGUUUCAGGCAGUACUGUAGUAUACAUGAAAGAAUGAUUGUGUUACACACUGUACAUGUUGCAUUUUGUGCUAGCUUAACUUUGUUCACAUUCUUUGUAGGGGAGAUUUGGCUUGUAACAUAGCUUUAGAUGCAGUACGAACUAUUGCAAGAGAUCAAGGAGACACAAAAGAGAUAGACAUAAAAAAUUAUGCCAAAGUGGAAAAGGUACACAAUACAUUAAUGCAGGUUGGGUUUCAGGAUUUUCACUGUGAAGUAGAGAGGCUGGCAAAUACUUUGAAGUACUGAGAAUAAAACAUAUUCACCACAUCUCAGUGAAAAAGAAAUCAGGCUCUUAACAUUUAGGUGGAGAAUUCUGUGCUCAAUAAACACUCUGAAACUCGUUCAUUUUUGCAUAAGUACAUGUAUUUAUUUAUUCAGGAUAUACCCAUGGUUUAAUUUUAGUGUAAAUAUCCUCUAACAAGUCAUAUUGGAGCCAGUACAUCACAUUUUGUUCGUGGUUAAUUAAGUUGUGUGAAAAAGUAAGGAACUGAAUAGUAAAGAUGGAAGUAAAAAAUUGUAAUGGUUUGCCCAAACUCUUGUGCCUAAUGUAAAGUCAUUGAAAAAAGUCAAGGACUGAAUAUAGUUGUUGUGAUCCACAACUAACUUGGCCAAGACCUUUAAUUAUCUCAGCAGUAGAUGACAAACAUAUUUUAUACAAUUUUUCACUGUAGAUCCCUGGAGGUGAACUUGAAGAUUCAUGUGUUUUAUCUGGGGUCAUGGUUAACAAAGAUGUUACUCAUCCAAGAAUGAAAAGGUGAAGACCUCUUCUUUGACACAAUUUGUGUGUUGCAUUCAAAAGAUAAUCUUAACAUCUGUCUGUUAAUUGAUUGGACAUCUUCACAUGGAUGUCCUGACUAUGUCUCUUAUUGACUUUUUUCUGGGUAUUAGGAAGUGUUUAAAAUUUUGGUUGUAAUCUGGUCUGUUAUGUUAUUCUCACUUUCAGGAGAAUAGAAAAUCCUAGGAUAGUUCUUUUGGAUUGUUCUCUGGAGUACAAGAAAGGGGAGAGUCAAGUAUGGUCACCUUCCUGAUUUAAUACACGCAUAGCUAUCUUAUGAAGAAUGCCUUAUAGAUCUGGCUUGAUUGUGAUAUACUGCAGCAGGAAAUUGCAUACUCUUUUUGUUUUAGUACAGUUCAGUUCCAUAUUACAUCCAGAGAAGUUGAGAAGGAUGCAUAAACUUUUUUUGAACCAAUUUUAGUUCUUGUAUUAGAAGUAAGAUUUUAAGCUUCCCUGUUGCUGUUAAGAAGAGUAUAUUGAAUUAAAUUCUGAUUUUGUCACAUGAAUUCAUAUUCUUAUGCAGACUAGCUUAGAAAUAUCCAAAGAAGCAGACUUCAAGUAAGUUGAUUCCUUUUUAUUUCACAUUCACACAACACACUGUCUUGCACCUAAUAAAUUUUCUCAUUAAUAUCAAAAUGUCCAUAAAAAAUUGCAUAAUUUCCUGCAAAAAUUUUUUUUCAGUCGUAUUCUUCAGCUAGAAGAGGAGUAUAUCCAAAAAGUUUGUAGUGAUGUUAUAGCCUUAAAACCUGAUGUUGUCUUCACAGAAAAAGGAGUAUCAGGUGAGAUGCAAACCCCACUCUAAAAACUAAAUGGAAUUGAAAGGAUCUCUCUGUUGACUUCUGUGUCUUGAUGAAAAAGUCUUGUUAAGUAGUUAGGAUCUGCAUUCCUCAUGUACAUGUAUACUAUGAUAAAUGAGUGAGCAUAAUGAAGGCCUUAAAUCUUAUGGUUCCGUACUUGGCCAAGUUUUGUUAAAGAAACCAUUGUUUACGUUCUCCAUAUGCUUGGCACAAAAGACAAUUUUUAUCACUUGCCCUGUUAUUGUUUAGAUCUUGCUCAGCAUUUCCUUGUGAAGAACGGAAUAACAGCAAUACGCCGUAUAAGGAAAACAGACAACAAUCGUAUUGCCCGCGCAUGCGGUGCAACCAUUGUGAACAGAACAGAAGAACUGAAAGAAGAAGAUAUAGGCACUGGGGCUGGAUUGUUUGAAAUUAAGAAGUUCGGGGAUGAGUAAGUUUUGACUUAGAAUUCUGAUUUACUGCAUUUAACAGACAUUGCACCUGGAACCAUGAAUAUUAGUACUGUAAAAUAUGUCAGAAAAUACGAUGAACAGCUGAAAGACUUACUUGUGUCAAACAUUAAUAUUUAGUACGUAGUAUGUACUAAGUUGUACAGUUUGGAUAAAAAUGGGGUUUGUCGCUCUCUAAGUUCUUUAGAGCAUUCUAUUUAGUAAUUAGUCAUCCAUAUUUACAUUAGAAAAUGUCGUGCAUGUUGAAAUAAGUUCUAGUCAAGUAGUGCUGAGGGCCAACACAACCUGGUGUUUAUCGACUUUCGAGAACACUACAAUGAACAAGUAAGAUAUCUUAGCACAACUUAUUUUUGAUGGCAGGUACUUUUGUUUCGUAACUGAAUGCGAGAAUCCCAAGGCUUGCACAAUCUUGCUAAGAGGAGCCAGUAAAGACAUCUUAAAUGAGGUACAAUCAGCGCAGCUUUGAUCUAAAUUGGUUUCGCAGCAGUACUGACAGUGAACUAAUGGUGAUUAACAUGAUGUGUUUAGGUUGAACGUAACCUUCAUGAUGCCAUGAAUGUAGCGCGGAAUGUCAUGUUGGAUCCCAGACUGGUGCCAGGUGGGGGAGCUGCCGAGAUGGCUCUUGCCCAUGUAAGUACAUCCACAGAAUACAUCUGUGGCAUGGACAUUUAUUCACUUCCCAGACUUAUAUCAUGCCAUGUUAACCUGUGCACUUAUGUGUGCUCCACUACACUCCAUACCACAUUUGAAUUUCCCAGCAGAAAUGUUGUUCAUCUCGAAGUAAAAAUUUUAAACCACACGAUUUGUGUCUACUUUCACAGCUUGAGGGCACACAUAUACCGAUAUUACUGUAGCAAGAGACCUAAGUUGAAUACUCUUCAUUUAUGCUACAGGUGUUAACAGAGAAAGCUAAGUCAGUGGCAGGUGUUCAACAGUGGCCUUACAAAGCAGUUGCCAAAGCUCUGGAAGUGAUUCCACGUACUUUGAUCCAGAACUGUGGAGCUAACACUAUCAGAACUCUCACAGCACUCAGGGUAUGCUUCGUAGAAUAUUACUAAUGACUUACAACGCUUGUGACAAGAUGGAAAAACUUCUUUCUUAUUUCAUUACCGAGCUUUAAAUUUUAUAUCCUUCUUGCUCUAGCCGCAUGUAUGCGGGACGCGUCAUACGUACCUGAUAAUGGCUUCACCAAGAUACAAGAGCUCCUUGGGAAACAAAUUGAAUGGAAUUUAAUUGAAUUUUACAGGCAAAGCACGCAGUAGAUAAUAACACAACCUGGGGUGUUAAUGGCGAGACUGGUGAAAUCACGGACAUGAAUACUCUUGGCGUAUGGGACACUUAUUCGGUUAAAGCACAAACUUUCAAGACCGCCAUUGAGGUAUUUGAUGCUGAGUUCAUUUUAAGAUUUUCACCCAUAACCUAGUCGUAAACAGACAAAAGAGAACCAUUUGGUAUCUUCUUGACUUAAUUUAGAUUAAAAACAUGGAUAAUCCGAGAUAUUUAGAAUGAAACUGAGACUCGUUUGAUCUCGUUUGUGUAGACGGCCAUGCUUUUGCUGCGGAUUGAUGACAUUGUGUCUGGAACUAAGAAAGCCAGUGGAAAGGAAGGUUCACAGUCAGGAGCUGCUCCUACCACAACGCCAGAAGAUUGAGACGAAUAACUGUGACGAAUUGCGAAACCAAACCAGCAGAGAGCCAUUAUCUUUGCCAAUAAACCGACAGCUAGGGCGUGGUUUGCUCAAGCGCUUUCGCGAUAACAAAAUUAGUUUCAUAAUGCCGAAGAGUUCUUUCAACCACAACGACUCAACAUCUGAGUCUUUAAGUUAGUAAAGUACCCUGAAACCAAGAUUCACAGCAGUCAAUAUAAAGAUUCUGUGUCUUCAUGCUGUCUCUUAACGUAAUUUGUUUGCAGCUUGAAGAUAACGGU